AAAUUUUCUGUGUUGUUAGCGCCACUGUCAGCUGUUGCGUGCUUAACCUCACUGUUUUUGCUCCUGUGAUUGUGUUGAAAAACAGCUAUUAAAUACGUAAAUCUCUUAAAAAUAUUGUUAUUCUCCGAAAUGGAACUGUACAAGUGCCAAAUAUACCAUACCAAGGGCAAAGAAGCAUUUGAUUGCUCAAACGGUGGCCUUGAACCCUACAAGUGUCACAAAUGCAAUGCCUUCGCUACGCCAUUAUUAUCACAACUGAGGUAUCACAUCCUCCAAGGUCACACAUCACAAUGUGUUGAACCCACGACAUACAAAUGUCCCUCAUGUGAUUUCAAGUCAUUUUCGGAAUUUUUGCUUUCCCAUCAUUUAAAUUUAACACAACACCAAAGCAAGGACAUCUACAAAUGUAUAAAUUGUGACUACAAGACUAAAUUUUUCGUCAGUUUGAGAAAACAUUUUCUCCAAAAACAUCCAGACAUUGUCUGGUUCAAAUGCGAGCACUGUCCCUUUAAGGGAAUAAACAAGAACGAUUUGCGCCGCCACCUUAGACAAAACCACGAUCCUAGCCUUCGAUAUCAGUGCCAAUAUUGCGAUUACAAAACGAAAAAAAACUACACUUUGAGACGCCAUGUUAUCACUCAACACGAACUUAAGCAAAAACAUUUACCCCGGACGUUGAUUUGCCCCAAAUGCCAGUUCACCACGCCUUUCAGACACAAGUUGAACAAGCACGUGGUGAACAAACACGGCCCUAGUAGGUUCAAGUGCGAGCAAUGCGAGUUUGGGACCAGAUACAAGUACAACUUGCAAAAACACGUCGCUGUUAAGCACACAAAUAACCCCAAAGUGCUCAAAUGCCAGAUGUGCGAAUAUAAGCCCAAGCAUAAGGACUACCUCAUAGACCACAUACGGACCCAACAUGGCGUCGUUCCGGCAUUCGAGUGUGCGCCUUGCGAGUUCAAAACAAAUGUUAAGCGGUCUUUCGUUAGACAUUGUCGGGCACAUAAUGAAUCCCAGAAGUGUAACGAGUGCGGUUUAAGUUUACAAAAUAAGUUGGAACUUGCCAAACACAAAAAACUUGAACAUUUGAAGGUUAGCGUGGAUGUUAAAGUGCACAAAUGCCAACUUUGUGAUUUUCAAAGUGAAUAUCCGGGGAAUGUCCAUAGGCAUAAGUACAAUAAACAUUUGGAUCAGUGGGUUUACUGUGCGCAUUGUGAUCACAAAACGAAAAGGAAGGACAGUUUGCUUGAGCAUCUGAGGACACAGCAUAAGCUUGCCCUUAUCUAGUGGUUUGUGAUUUUGGAACACAAAAAAAUUGAAGGCGGAAUUCAAUAUAUAUAUUUUGGUUUUUGUGUGGUAGUUAUGUUGGAUUUGGGGACGUAGGGAAUGAAGAAAUGAAAAGCUUAAAUAUAGGUUAUUUACUUUAAUUGCAAAAGUGGUUGUAAAAUGAACAAGAUACAAUAAUUCUUAUUACGAUGGAAAACUUUUAGCAUUAUUAAUAUAAAAAUGAUUUUCGUGUACUUUUCCUGAUGUUAAAUGAUUUAUUAUUUUUUUAAUAUAACCGAUAUCAGAUUUUCUAGAAGAAAGUAGCAUUAGUUAUAACAAUACCAUCUAUCUCUAAAAAAUAGGAUAGCUGUUUGUAUCCAAGGGAGGAAAUACAUGUUUCCAAUUUUUCAAAAUAUUAUUUAUUUUCAACAUAAUAAGAAAUUGAAUAAAAAAAAUUAACUCAAUAGCUUUAAAAAUAACAAAAAUAUAAGCUUUUUGUCUGCCGGUUUGACAGCCUGAUGACGUCACGCGGCAUAAACUGUUCACAAGGUAGCUGCGAUUUACACACUAUUGUUCCUUCCGGCAUUGUAUUAGGAUCUCUGGAUAAUUUUAUUAACUUAGAGAAAUAAAUAUUGAAAGAAAGUGUUAUUUGUGAUGAUUGAAGUAAUUUGUUUAAGUAGAUACUGUAAUAAAUCACUAAUAACUAAUAAUAAUCCAUUUUAAUAAUCACACAAAAAUCAGCGUUUGCGAUUUUUUUUGCUUUAAUUCUUUCUGCAUGCCUUUGAAUUUUUUCAGAUUUUUUCUACAAUUUCUUAUAAAUAAUAAAUAUUAAUUAAUGAGAAA